AUGGAGGAGCGAAGCAAGUUCAAAGAAUUACCCAUCGAACCCCACGGCAUCAUCUGGGAAGAUGAAUUUAUCGACGCCGAACAUGAGCAGCGACUUAUUUCAAUCUUCCUCAAAGAGCUGAAAUGGCCCGAUCGCCCCGGUCGGAUAUCUCUCCACUACGGCUACACUUUCGACUAUAAGACUUUCGGCAUAGAUCCGGAGAUCCCUUACAAGGAAUUUCCCAAGUGGCUCCAGCCGCUUAUCCCGACUACGGAAUCCCGACCUCCAGACCAGGUCUGUCUGCAGUAUUACCCGCCGGGGGCCGGCAUACCACCUCAUGUAGAUGCACACGGACCUUAUGAUCAGCUCUACGCACUGUCUCUUGGCGCGCCAGCGCUUAUGCAGUUCCGCAGGGGCGAGGAGCGGGUUGAGGUCGAUCUCAAUCCGAGGAGCAUGAUGCAGAUGUCUGGGGAUUCAAGGCUGCAUUGGACGCAUGGUAUUAAGAAGCGCAAAAAUGAUACGCUUCCGGACGGAACCGUGAGGCCGCGUGAGAACCGAUGGAGUAUUACUUAUCGGUGGCUUAGGGAAGGAGGCGUGUGUGACUGUGGGAAUCUUCAGCAUUGCGAUACCGCUCAGCGGCGAAACGGAACUGAGAAGGAGAAGAGAUCGCUGCUAGAGCUUGCGGUAAAGGCAAAUGCUGAGGAAUCUGUAACCUGA